AGAUAAUAAAACUUGUGAUCCCUAAAAAAGCAAAAAUAGCAAAUUUGAAAUAAUUCCUCUACAAAAUUAUUCUUUCAUAGUUCUCUCUACCUUAUUUCUCCACUCCAAAACUCACUCUAAUUUCAAAGUAUGCAAGAAUUCACCAACAUUACCACAAUUUCAAACCCAUUUCUUUCUCUUUUCCUUAUUAUCCUUUGUACAACCUACACCGUCGACAUAACCUUCGCCGGCGACACGCUACUUAAAACAGCUUGUUCGAACACUAGUUACGCCGCCAACAGCUCGUACGAGGCUAGUGUCAAUGUUCUAUUCUCUUCUCUGGCCACGAAUGCGACACAAGGACUAGGGAAGACGAGAUUCUUUAACACGACGGUGGUUGGGUACGACCAUGGAAGUUCGUACACCGUAUAUGGCUUAUAUCUUUGCCGUGGAGAUGACUCGAACAACGAUUGCAAAACGUGUGUGCCGAAAGCCAUUGAGAGUUUACAACAGGAAUGUGCAACUCGCCCUGUUGUGGCUACGGUUUGGUAUGUAGAUUGCAUGGUCCGUUACUCUAACGAGUCAAUCUUCGGAAUCAUGGACCCGUCUCCACCCUUGUACAUGACUAACAACCAUGACAACAUGACCACAAAUGCUACCGGCUUCAACCAAAUAGUAGGCGAAGUAAUGCAAAUGUUGGCUACUGAUGUUGCGGCUUCUACAAAGAGGUACGGAACCAGAGAGGCCGUGUUCACGAGCUUCUUGACCGUGUAUGCCGAGGCUCAAUGCACACCGGACCUUUCGAAAACGGAGUGUCAAAGGUGUUUAACGGCGGCCAACAACUACUUACCUGAGUGUUGUAGUAGUAGCAAAGGUGCUAGAGUUUUGACUCCUAGUUGUAAUGCUAUAUAUGAGCUCUACCCUUUCUUCGAACUUGGUCCAUCGCCAUCAUCACCGGCACUUCCAUUGGUGCCGUCUCCUACUAUCCCUUCAUCACUUACGACACACACGCCACGGCUACCAUUGCCCUCGGCAGGACGAAGGAGAAAAACAGCAAGUUCUGUAACAAUCGCGCUUGUUGCAUUAGUAGCUAUUCUAGUAGUUCAAGUCUUUGUAUGUAUCUAUUUGAUGUGGAGAAGAGGAAGGAAGAGAUCGGGAGAUGCUGAAGUACUACUUCAAAAUCAAAACCAAAUGAAUCAACUUCCAAGUUUUGAAUACAUAAAUGGUGAAGAUUUCUUGAAUGUCGAGUCUCUACAAUAUGACUUGAAAGUACUUCAAAUAGCAACGAAUAUGUUUUCCGACGAAAACAAACUAGGAGAAGGGGGUUUUGGAGGAGUUUAUAAGGGUAUACUUCCUAAAGGACAAGAAAUAGCCGUAAAGAGACUAUCCGUGUGUUCUAAUCAAGGCGUCGAGCAAUUUAUGAACGAGGUGGUAUUUGUAGCUAAGCUCCAACACAGAAACCUUGUCAGACUGUUGGGAUUUUGUUUGGCUGAAUACGAGAAGUUGUUGGUCUACGAAUUUGUUCCCAACAAAAGCCUCGAUUUCAUCUUAUUUGAUCCAGAAAGACGAGAAGAAUUGAAUUGGCCAACACGCUACAAGAUUAUAAGUGGCAUUGCUCGAGGAAUGCUUUAUCUACAUGAAGACUCACGGUUGAGGAUUGUACAUCGAGAUCUUAAGGCUAGCAAUAUACUCCUAGACGCGGACAUGAAUCCAAAAAUAUGUGACUUUGGCACAGCAAGACACUUCAAUGUUGAUGAAAGCCAAGCCAACACAAGCAGGAUUGCAGGAACUUUUGGUUACAUGGCUCCGGAAUACUUGCUAAAUGGUGAAUAUUCGCUAAAAUCAGACGUGUAUAGUUUUGGAGUUCUGAUGUUGGAGAUUGUAAGUGGUAGAAAGGGCACCAGUUUUCGACAAUCAAGGACAGGAGAACAACUUCUUACAUACGCUUGGAAGCAUUGGACGGAGGGAAACUCAUUAGAAGUUAUGGAUCCAUCAUUAAGAGAUUCUUACACGAGCAACGACGUUACGAGAUGCAUACACCUCGGUUUACUAUGCAUUCAAGGAGAUGCAGAAAAGAGACCUACAAUGGCUUCGAUAGUUAUUAGUCUUAAUAGUGAUAAUGAACUUCCUACACCUCAACAACCUGGUUUGUUUACUUGCAGAAAUUUUGAACCAAGUGCUGAAAUACAUAACUUAGUGACCGAUGAAUCUUCAAGCAAGUCAAUGCGGCUGUCAUUUAGCUCAGAUACUUCAGCUAAUUAGUAAUUAGAUGAUCAUUUGCUUCUAUGGUCGAUGCCUGUAAGUUCUUCGGUGCACCCGGAUACACUUUUUUUUGGGGUCAAAAUGAGUUACAAGAUUAGCUAUUAAUCAUCAGGAUAUACAUCAGAAUAAUUUGUGUUGCUAGCAUCAGCUACCACUCCUUGUGGCACAAAAAUACAACCAUUUAUAGCACAA